AUGUCCAUAUUUCAGAUUUCCAUUAAAAUCCGAUUAAAAGCAAGUCAGCAGCUAACUCUGGAAACGUGUCGUCGAGCCGAAAGCGCAGGCGUAUCAUUUAUAACAGUGCAUGGGAGAACUCCUGAACAACGCUCGGAACCAGCCGAUUUUGACAUGAUAAAGCUGAUCAAAUCAAGUUUGUCGAUCCCUGUGAUUGCAAAUGGCGGUGUAAAAAGUUACAAACAGGCACUGGAAGUUGCGAAAUACACGGGAGUAGAUGGUAUCAUUUUCUUAUGGUUAUUGAGAGUUUAAUU